AUGUUAGCAUCUGAUGGACCUGAGGGACCUGGGGGACCUGAGGGACCUGGGGGACCUGGGGGACCUGAGGGACCUGGGGGACCUGAGGGACCUGAGGGACCUGGACCGGAGGGACCUGAGGGACCGGAGGGACCUGAGGGACCUGGGGGACCUGAGGGACCUGGGGGACCUGAGGGACCUGGGGGACCUGAGGGACCUGGGGGACCUGGGGGACCUGAGGGACCUGGGGGACCUGAGGGACCGGAGGGACCUGAGGGACCUGGGGGACCUGAGGGACCUGGGGGACCUGGGGGACCUGAGGGACCUGGGGGACCUGAGGGACCUGAGGGACCUGGGGGACCUGAGGGACCGGAGGGACCUGAGGGACCUGGGGGACCUGAGGGACCUGGGGGACCUGGGGGACCUGAGGGACCUGGGGGACCUGAGGGACCUGGGGGACCU